AUGUAUAUGGAUAUCCGUGCCUGCGUCCUUCUUGCCCUGGCCACGUGCGCCGUCGCCGGCUACGCCGGCUUCCCGGUCGGUUACUCCGUGGCUGCUCCAGCCUACGCUGCUGCCUAUCACGCUCCACUUGCCUCCGUAUCUGCUGUGCACCACGCUCCCGCCGUUGGUUACGGCCUCGGCUAUGGUCUCGGCUACGGUCUCGGCUACGGAGUACCCGCCUAUGGUUUCGGUCUGGGCAGCUACGGUCUCAGCUACGGACAUGGUCUCGGUGGUCUCGGCUACAGCACCUUCCUCCGCAAGAAAUGUGAGUGCCUAGCAUCAUUCUACUGA